ACUUUACACCACGGCCGACGUUGUCGUUAUCGUAAAAAAAUGUAUAAAAAUCAUGGGAAAAACAAUCAAUUAAAUAAUUAAAUGUGCUUAAAACAAUUAUUUAAUGUGUUAAGUGUUUGCAUGUAUCAAAAGUUCAAGAGAUUUCGUACGUUGUUUUGUUCUAAAUUCAGUAAAAAUAUAUCCACCGCAAGUUCUCUGAUCAACGUCUGUGCAUAAUAAUACAGUAAAAAAAGUAGCAAAAAGAAAAAAUAAAAAAUUUGUUUGAAAACAACGAAAAACUUUCGUUUGCUGACAAAACAACAAUAAAUGAUUACAAAAUAAGAUUCAAUAUUUGCUAGUAUCGUAUGUAUCAGAUACGUGACUAAAACCUAAACUUUUAUUAACCAAUCGUACAUAUGUAGGCAAAUUUUGGCUAAAUCCAGAAAAACUCAUUAUUUUUGGUUUGAUUUUUCUCCUCUAUAUGUAAUUAUGUGUAUGUGCGAAGAGGUGAAUUUGCUAUUGUGAACAGUUGUUGCUGCCAAAAGUAUUUUGACAUUUACACCACAUUUUUCUAUCGUUUGGCUGCGUCGACGGCGGCGUUUGUUAAGUGUUUGUACUGAUUUUGCAUAAAAUGUGCGAAUAGUGGAAUAAAUUUUUUUUUUUUUGAAAACUUUAACUAAAUUCUAACAAUGAACAGAUUACGUUGGUAUACUGCAUAAAUAACCUUGCUGAAAUGAAAGUUAUAAUUCCUACAUCCUUUUGUGAAAAAAUAUGAAAUAGUUCCAUUCGAUGUGCUCGUAGUACGCACGGUGGUCUCGUGUCAGAUUUCGCCCUACGUCGCGAUUGUGUAUCGUAAAUGUCUACAUAUGUAUAUUUGGGAAUAAGGUGUAAAUUUAAUAUGGUUAAAUUUUAUAUAUGUUAAAUAUAAGUUAAUAUAAAGCAAUAACGAAAGAAAUUUCAAAUUUCAAAUUUCAAUUUCAAAGUAACGAAAGCCAAAUACAGAAAGCAACACAAAUGAAGGAAAUAGCUAAUUUCGAAGAUACAACGUCAUUUCCACAAUAGUCGGGAGCAAAAAAUUUGCCAAUGAGUCGAAGACAGUCAUUGGAUCGGCCAGGAAUAUUGUCUCCUCCGGGUCCGUUUUUAACGCCCAGCCCAUCACCAUCGAUCUCAGCUAGUCCACGUUUGCAACCAUCACCGUCAUUGUCACCAUUUCCACAAGAUGUUCUCUUAGUAGCAGGAAGCACAAUCACAAAUGCAGCACAAGAUCAAGAACGUAAAGCGGUAACGCCUGGUAGACGACAAUCUAUUCACCAAUUUACUAAUGGCAGUCCCAACGCUGGUACUGUCGUAUUUCAACCAAGUCCAUCGCAAUCGCCUGCUGCUGCCACAAGUUAUAUUGGCGUGACAGCCGGUGUUGGUGCAGCUUCCAUUACAUCUGGCACAUCGGUUACUGGCAAUGAAUUCAAUACAACCUUAGUUGGCUCAAAUAACAUUCAAUUAAAUAAGAAGGGAAAUAAACGUUCUCUACAACCGCAGUAUAAUCAACCCUCACAACAACAGCAUCAAUCUUUUAGCACUGCUGUGACAUCAAUUUGCCAACCCGCCUCUUUAACAUCAACUACUGUAGCCGGCGGCUAUGGGCAACCACAGGCAGCAGCGAUCAACACGCCCAGUUCGUUUGCGACAGCAAAUGUGGCUGGUUGCCCAAAAGGUCAAACGAAAAAAGCAGGAGCAACUGUGUUGCCUACGACAGCACUUAGUCAACAACAACAACAACAAUUUCAGCAAUAUCAAAGCAGUAGUCCUUUAAUCGCUGAUAGUCCUAUACCAAGCCCAAGUAAUACAAUCACUUCAGCCGCUAUAAAACCACCAACACCUCAACCAAUGCAAAUGCUACAGCAACAAUUCACAAUUGCUGCCAGCAAUGGGCCGCAGCAAACUCAGCAGCCGCAGCAAGUGUUUCAAUUUAUUCAAGGACCACAAGGUCAAAUAAUUGCGGCUCCUACAACGCAACAACAACGAUUCAUCGGCAGCACCUCAACAGUUCAAACAAGCGUCACUCCCACCUCGUACAACAGUCAUAAUAAUACAACAACGAACACAACAUUAAAAGCAACAAAAGCGCCUCAACAAAUACUGCCGAAACCUCAGCAUAAUUCAAAUAAUUCUACACCGCCACCACAAUCCACAAAUCAGCAAAAAACCAAAAAUAAUGGGUCUUCUGGCAAUAACGCUGCUGCAUCUGCAUCCGCAUCUGUAUCUGCCAGCAACAUGCCCCAGUUGCCUCAAAUAUCAAAUUCACCACAGCCGCAACAAGCACAAUUAAGCGUUUCUAGUACCCCCACCUCAUCUACUCAACAUCAACAGCAACAACAACAGAUUAUACUUCCGGCUGGUGCCACUGCCAGUUUAGCAACAACUCAACAACCAUUGUUACUUAAUCAAAUGCCCGUACUAGUGCAGCAAAAUACUCCACAGGGAGUUCAAUUAAUUCUACGGCCACCAACUCCUCAACUAACAGCAACACCUUCUCUAGUUAUACAAAAUUCCCGUCCCCAACCACAGUUACAACAACAACAACCUCAACAACUUCUGCGUAUACUGGGAACGAAUGGGGCCACCAUGCAACUAGCUGCAACUCCAACUUUUAUUGUAUCCUCUCAAGCUAACCUUAUUCAACAGACUGCGAAUCACUUACAAACAAUCAAGACAACUCCACAGAAUCCAGCCAUUACGCAGUUGAGCGGUUUGCAUGCUGCACUAUCGGCAGCCGCUGCUGCGAACACACCACGAUCUCAACAAUUCACCACUGCAGCAACUAUUAAUAGUCAUUUAUUGGGACAAAGUGUUGCCGCACAACUACAGAAUCUCCAAAUUGCGGCUGCCACUAAUGGUGGAAGUAUUGCACAAAUACAAAUGCCAAAUGGAUUAAGUGCAACUGCUGCGCCAGCCACGACUAUAUUGUCCCAAUUGCCAGCUCAGUUUCAGCAAAACUUAAGUGGUACAACUGGUGGACUGAUUAAUCUUAAUCAAUUAAGUGGUGCAAAUAUACAACAGAUAGCUGCAGCCGCGGCAGCAGCAGGGGCAACAUUUCAAACUCCACCACCACAACAGACGUCUACAAUAUCUCAUUUAACUCAAUCAUCACCUGCGCAUGUCCCAGUUGCAGUUACUCCUGAACCACUGAGACAAUCCACUCCAGCUUCCGUAAUACAAAAUAUUACAACGACAUCAAGUCCUCAACAAUCGAGCACGUCUUUGACCAUAAAUCAACAACAAUUGCCCAAUGGAACGACAAUAAUAAAUACGGCAACGGGCAAUACUGUUGCUACUAUACAAGUUCAGCCUCAUACAAUGCAACAAGCAACACAACAAUCGAAUGUUAUAGAAACGAAGAAAAAGCCAAAGCCACGCAAGAAAAAACAAGUCGCUUCCGCCGCUUUGGUAGCAACUGUACCAGCAACUCCAACAGGAUCAGGAGCUGCCACUACUAUACCAACAAAUGCGGGUACAAAAAUUGUUUUUAAUACUACCACCACCAGUGUUAACAACUCAGCUAACACAAACACGAACUAUAAAAUGAACACAACGACUAAUAGCAUGGUUCCUACGUCAAAUAGCAAUAAUAUGUUCUCAGUAACUACAAACCAAAUAAAUCAGUCACAAUAUGCUUCAAACGCUCAUAGUGAAAGUAACUUAAUUUCUGCUCCCACCAAUAAUAUUAAAAUCCAACAACAACAACAACAACAGCAACAAGUUCGACCAAAAUCUCCUUCACCUACACCACAAAUAACUAGAGCCAGCAAUGGCAAACUUGAUCUCGGAAAUGUAAUGAAACUAUGUGGUAUCAUGGAAGAUGAUGAUGAUGAGGAUUAUGGAAUGGAUUGUCCUAACCCGCAAACACAGUCUGACGAUGUAGUUAUCACUUCUUCACACUCAUCUACACCACAAAUAGCAACAUCUGCUUCCACAACCUCAGUACCAUCAAAUACAAAUGAUAUUAUGAUCUCUAUUCCAAACCAAAAUGGUGGUGAUUCCUUGCCUUUCACCUUCACAAUUCCAGCAACAACUACAAAUUCUGCUAACACUUCCCUAUGUAGUGAAAAUGGCGAGCCGCAAAAUAUAUUAAUUAAAAUUGAUCAAAAUGAUGCAACUACACCACCGUAUACAAUAUCAAUACCACGCCUUCCCACUGCUGAGGAAAUUCAUCAGCAAGCGCAGCAACAUUUAGCACAACAAGCUGCAGCAGCAAUUGCGCAACAGCAGCAGCACCAACAACAACAACAACAACCUAAAAAUACCCAAAGUACACCCACAUUAAAUUUUAAUUUGCCAGCAUCAGCACCAAUUUCAUCUUCACAGUCGUCGUCUCAACAAAAUAUGCAACCAAUAUACCAAACAAAUAAUACUCUCACUUCUCAAAAUUCAACGAUAUUGAAUUCUAGCUCUACUUCAACUGUUGCUGGUGGAACAAUAAUGACAACAGUUGCUACUAUUGGUACACCCACUUCCAAUUCAACUACAACAGUGGCGGUUAAACCGCGGCGAAAACCAGCAGUGCGACGUAAUGGCAAAAAGCAGGACAUUAUUUCUGUUACUACAACUACUAUUAGCACACCUACAGUCAAUGCAACUAUAACAUCCACUGUUGCGCCAACAACAACAACAACAUCAACUAUUCUAAAUACAACGCCAACACCUGCACAAGUUCCUAGCCAAAUUGGUAACAUACAAAUAUCACAAGUAGAUGCGUCAAAGAUUACAAACCAUAGCACAAUUCCAAAUGCAGUCUCUAAUGCAGUGGAAAAUAAAAUACAAAUUAUGCCAAUACUGGACAAUACUGGCGUUAAAAUAGGAUCUCAUACAGUAUCAAGUAGUCCGAAUAACAUUACUAUAGCUCCAACACAGGCGCAACCAUUUCAACAACAACAAUCUCAGCAGCCUCAACAACAACAACAACAGAUAGUUUUUCAAACCCCAACAGCACCUUCUUCGUUGCAACAAGAACCAACUAUUAAACUAUCAUCUGAUGGUAGACAAAUGCAGCUAGUAGCCAUACCUCAGUCCGCACCCGUACAGACAACAACGCAACAGCAGCAUCAUUCAACCAGUAACAAUACUAUCCCAACUGCAAUAUUACCACCGCAACUGACAGGAAUGCCUGGUAAUGUAUCCAUAUCAGUAGGUUCACCUGCAUCUGCUGCGGCAUUGAUUCCUCAACUUACUGGAAGCUUAACUUUAGCAGUUUCUGAACAUUGUGAGCGCUUAAUUCUAAGGCACGAUCCAAAUCAACCUCAAGAUUCUCAAUCUCAACUUAUACUACAAGCUCUCUUAAAAGGUGCAUUCCCAAAUUUGACAAUAAUCAAUGAGCCAACUAAAGUAGAUAAUAGGAGUCAACAGGCGAACACCAUACAGCAGCAACAGUCGCAAAUUGGUUCAAAUGGUUCAAAAACUGUGAUCGCUCCUAGUACAGGAGCUGUAAAUAAAAAUUUGUCUACAGUAAAACCGCCCACAAUUCAAUUGCAAUUAAAUGCGAAUACAUCGAAUGUCACCAAUCACAUGUCAGGGCAAAACGUGGGCCAACAACAAACGCAAUUGGAUAACAAACGUUUUGUUUAUGAUUCAAAACAAACUCAAAUCAAGCCACAAGAUCCUCAACCUCAACAGCAAUUGGUGACAUUUACCCAACAACAGCAACAAAUAUUGACACAAACAAAUCAAGCAAAUAAUGCAUUAAUAAACCAGGCUGCAUUUGCUGCAGCAGCAGCUGUGCAGAGUCAGCAACGUUAUGUUGCUUUACCAAAAAUAGAUCCGUCUACACAGCAGCUCUUUUGCCUUAACUCUUUUAACAAUCAGAUAACACCUAUAAGUGCAACUCAAACAGCAGCAUCGAUUGGACCAACCGAAAGAUUACUUAUUGCUCCAGCUGGUAUAAAUGCUCAGCAAUUGGCACAGUGUCUACAACAAGGGCAAAUCCAUUUUAAUGACGUCAACCCUUUACCAUCUACAACGCAACCAACCAUUGGACUUAACUCAAGUAUAAAUCAACCUUUAAAUCAGUCUCGAAUACAACCGCAGCAACAGAUUGUCCAUCCACAACCAAUACAACCACUUAUUAAUUGCAACAAUUCAUCGCUAACUCUGACAAACACUACAACAACGACAACAACCGUCACAAAACAAGUGGCAAAUGUCGCUCCAAUUAUAGAUCAAAGUAAAGCCAAGUUAGAACCAACAAAAGUUGUAAAAAAGAAACCUGUACGAAAACCAAAAACUACAACAACUGCUGCUGACGUUGCUGCUGCAGGUGCAGGUGGGACAUCCGCAAUUAUGAAAAAUGCUAGCGUUGUAAAGCCGAUGCCCAAAUUAGAUCCUUUAUCACAAAAACCAAAUAAUAAUCCCGUACAAAUCGUUCAACCAAAUAUUGCAAGCGGCAAGCAAGUUGUUGUCUCUUCUGCUUGCAGCAGUGUAACAACAACAACUACCACUACAACUACAAGCAAUAGCAUACAACCGUUUCAAACUUUACAGCAAACUACAAAACUAAUUGGUAUCACUGCACCAAUGCAGCAGCAACCGCCACAACAACAACAAAUACAGCAGCAAACUUUUCAACAGUCUUCAAACUUGUUGCAAACGAAUAAUCAACGAAAUUUUAAUAAUCAUAGCGGAACUAUCAAUACGUCUGUUGCUAAUAAUAAUAGUAGCAACAGCAACAGCAACAGUAAUUUAUCGUGCAAUAUAUCUUCAACUAGCAAUAACACUAACACAACAUUUAUUAAUAGUUUUUCAAUGCAAGCAGUAACUACUAGCAUUGCAAAUACCACAUCAACUGCAAGUAUAACAAAUGGACCUGCAGUACUUACCUCCAUUACUACUGCUAACAACAGUAACACACUGACGCAGCAACAAUCACAAACUAAUCCGUCUCAUACACAACCACAACCACAACAGCAACAGCAACAUACGGUUUCACGUGUACAAACAAUACAAUUAACGCCACAACAACAACAAAUGUUUAAACAAGUUCAAAUGCAAAUACAAUACCUCACAAUUAAGUUACAACAUAGGCCAUUACUCGCAACAACUCCGUUGCCGCCAGAUUUUGAUCCAGCUGUAAUUGCUGCAUUCAAUAAGCCAAUGAGUGAUAACGAAAUAAAUGUGGCUUUGCAACGCCUCCUGGGAGAGCAACAGCGAAUAUUAGCUUCAGGAAAAGAAAUUCCCACACCUGAAGGCUUAUUACCAAAUGCGAAUGGUGGUUUCACACUAAUAUCGCACCAACAAAAUCAGCAAAUUGAUUUAAAACCAAAUACAGCAAAUAUACCAGCAAAUGUCGUCCAACCUAAUAAUCAUUCAACAACAACUACAGUUAGCUGCUCUAGUAACAACAUACAACAACAACAAGCUCACCAACAAAAUGUAGCUCAUCGCAUACAUAUUUAUCCGAUGCAACAUCAUCAAAAUGUACAGCAAAAUAAACAAAAGCAACAACAACAACAACAGCAGCAGCAGCAGAAACAAUCACAACAAAUUUCUCAAUUAACAACAAACAAUGUAAGCCAACAGCAGCAACAAGCCAAAGCGAAAGAAACAACAGCAAAAAUUAAGCAAAUUGCUACUCAGCAAAUACAACAACAACAACAACAGCAUAUAAUACCUAAUACCAUGGUUCCCAUGAUAUCUCAGCAAAAGCAAUUUGUUCAGCAAGGCAAUAACGCCACGAAUAGCUUACAGCAGCAGCAAACUACUCAACCACAACCACAAUCAAUACAACAGAAGAACACGCUUUACCAAAACUCCAAUAAUGUGCCAAACGGACCACCACCCUUAGUAUUCUCCUCGAAUGGAACAACAUUGACCCAACAACAGAUGUCCAUUACAGCAUUUUCAAGCACAACAGCUGCUUCUGCAACAACAACAACAACUGCAUCUGUUAGCAGUCAUAGUAAUACGAUUACUAUACAACCCCAGCAACAGCAACAAAUUCAACAACAACCACAACAAACAUCUGUAGCCACUGAAAUAGCAGCACCAACAACAUCCUCAAGUGUAACUAAAAUAUCAGCGGGAACUACUACAAUACUAGCUAGUAACAACGUGGUUACUUCAACUCCACAAACAAUAACAACGGCUCUAAAUAAAUCAGAAGAACUUGAGUCGACAAAGCCGAAACUUGCUCGUCUCUCCUUAUUUAUACGUCAACUGGAUGUAGAUCAACAAAGUUGUAUCAAACCUGAUUACAGUAAUCCAUUUCAAAGCAAAGAGGAAGCUGUAAAACGCCUUAUUCGUUAUCAUUGCAUGCAUCAACAGGAUGAGUAUAUACCAAUUGAAGAAGAUGAAGAAUUUAAUCAAACCGCAACACGACUGAAGGAUAAAUUUCACUUACUUUCCAGCAAAUUUAAAAAAUUGCUACUUCAGGAAUCUAUGCUACCACAUCGCACUUCGGAGUUCUGUCAGGUACAGCAAUUAAUGAUUGACGACCUGAAACUGGAAUUAGACGAUUUAAAAUCAGCUAAACAAUCACAGGAUGAGUGGGAAAAACUUGAUCAAGAAUUAAAACAAGAUCUGACUGAGCAACAUCAGCGACAACUUAUGGACGAAUUCAAAACCGAAUUAAAUUCUUAUAAAAUCAAUACUAGCUCACCAGGCAUAAACAGUUGUAAAGAUAGUACACUGCAGCAAGAAAAUUCUGGCUUCAAAAAUGAAAUAAAAACUGAGCCAACUGACCGUGACCGUGACCCAAAUAAUAUCACAAAUGGUGCUAUCUUCAUGGAUAAAUUUGAUUUACUUAAACAUAGCAGCAAUGUUAAUAUAUUUGCAUCGAUUAAAAAACAUGAUAUCGUAAAGAAAGAUCAGAAAUAUGGUUGGCAUAUUGACGAUACACAAAUAACCAACACUGAUGUCGAAAGUUUCGACAACAAAGGCAAGAUAUCAACAAUGACUUCUUACUCUAGUUGCAAUAAACAGCAAUACAGCAGUUCUAUAAAAAAAGAUGACAUGUCAACCGAUGGAAAUAAUACUCACUCUGCUGAUGUUAAAAAAGAAUUUGAUAACUUCGAUAUUGAAUCAGAGAUAAGGCCCAGUUUUAUAAUGAAAAAAGUAGAACAAAAUAAAAUUUCACAAGGACAUCAAGCAAAUGAACGUUUUACAAUGAAUCAAAAAACUAUAUCCAGUGACAAAGUAAGCAAUUUAUAUGAACAACAAAUGUCACAAAUACUACAUCAACAAAAAUUACAACCAAAUAACUUUAACAUACAACAUAUUAACGCUAAGCAACACGAGGAUGAUUGGUUUUGCCUGCAAAAGGAAUUGAAUUUAAUCAAUUCCGAAAAUAAAAUAGGACAACAACAAACGACAGUCAAGUCGCUAGAACAAAUUUUUGAAAAUUCUGAUUCCAACGCCUUACUUAAUACAACAGACACUAGCCACAUCGUCGAUUUGUUUCCAAAUGGUUGCAUAAGUAAAGACAGCACCAAUACAAGUGGUAGUAGCGGGAGUAACAACAGCUGCAGCCAAGAACGACAACAACCUGUAAUUAUCCAACAACACCAACAACAAACAAACAAUCAACAUGUUGCUUCUAUUAGUGACUUCUUCCAUGCAGAUUCAGAAGUACACAAAUCAGUUGAAACACGUUUAGAAGCUAUGUUUGGUGAAUCACCAGUUCAUUUGGGUAAAAGUAGUAGUGAUUCGCAUGAUAUUGAAUCCGGUUUAGAUGAUAUAUUUGGUGAUACAAAAUCUUCAGCUGAUGAUGUUGGAAUAAAAGACAAAAGAAUUUGGGAUCAUGAACUAGGCACGAACUCAAAUUUUAUACGUGCAACCAACAGCAGCUCAACUGGACCAGUUACUCAACAAAAUGUAUUAUUUGAUAAUGAACAACAACAGUAUACGGCUAAUACAGUACUACACCAAAAUCAACAGCAUCACAUACAGUUAAGUUGCAAUAAUAAUCCACGUUGGAUGCAAACUAUGGAAGCUCAAUUUAAUGACUUUAUGUCCGCUGCAACAACAUCAACAAAUGCAAUUGCUGCAAAUGGGAUUGUAGGAGAUGGGAACAGUGAUAUUCGAAAGCGUCAUUGGAAUGGCCACAUGAUGUCUGCGAAUGAUUUGGAAGAUGAACACAUCAAUAAAAAGAUGUGCACUACACCAAUCUCAUCGUCAACAUCAUCUUCACCACUGUCACAACAACAAGCUAUGCAACAUCAUGAUCUUAUGGAUACUAAUGAUUUAUUAUCUUUGCAUGAUGGCUUAGGUGUGGAACACAGCUCCAAUGUGAAUAACGUAAAUGCAAGCCCUGGUGGGUUUACACAAUUGUUAUUACAGCAACAACAACACACUUUUACGCAGGCGCAUCAACAUUUUGAUGGUAUUUUAGACGGCCAUAAUGACAAUAUGGAUCACCAUCAACACUUUUCUCAAAACCAUGGUAUGCAACCACAACAUAUGCACCAACAUAGCUUACAACAGCAUAACAUUAAUCACAUCACAGGUUCCGCUGAAUUUGACGAUGACAUCAGUCGACAUGUGCAAAAUGCAAUCGAUAGCAUUUUAAAUUUGCAAAAUAGUGAGUCAGAUUCUUUGAAUUUUUCUCUGGAUCAUUCGAUGGGCGCACUGUUAGAUGACAGUUUGCUUGAUGAUCGUCAACAAGUUACGGUAGCUUUACCUAGUUGCCAAGAGGCUGCUAAACGUCGUUUGUUGUCAGAUGAUCUUAGCGAUUGUCUUAUAAGUGGCGGUACGAACGCAGGGAACGAAGUUGGUGACAAUGUAAACAAUUUAUUGCUUGAUACGCAUCAACAGCUAUUAAAUCACAAUACUAAUCAUCAUCAUACGCAUCACAGUCUACAUAAUCAUCAACACACUUUACAGCAACAACAUAACUUAACAAAUGCAGCAAACACAGCUGCGGUGCUUACAGAUUUUAGUUGUGUAUCAGCCGGCUUGGAUGAUGCUGUUAAAUCGAUAAUAACAUCUUGACAACUUGCAGAAGAUUAACAGGCUCAACAAUAACUAACAGCAGCUAGUAUAGCUAUUGUGAAUAAUAUGAUAUUGGAAUUUCAUACAACACCAAUAUAGUAAAUGUGUUUAAAAAAUUUUUAACUAACUCAAUGUGAUAAAUUACAAAAUAAUAGAAAAAAAAUA